AUGGCGCCCGCGCAACCCGAACUGAAGAAAUACCUUGACAAGCGCCUGUUCGUUCAGCUGAACGGUAGUCGCAAAGUCAUUGGCGUCCUCCGUGGAUACGAUGUCUUCCUCAACAUCGUGCUGGACGACGCCGUCGAGGAGAAGGAUAACGGAGAAAAGGUGAAGCUCGGCAUGGUGGUCAUCCGCGGAAACUCGGUCGUCAUGCUGGAGGCACUAGAAAGGAUUGGCGACGACGCGCGGGGUGGUCGUUAA